CGCAGCUGGCAACACUUUGCUGAGGCUGGGCUGGCCAUGUGGUGGAGCGAGAAGCCAACGCGAAAGGAUUUAAAUAAUUUGAACUUCUUCCCCACGCACGCCGCCUCACCGACUGGGGGCUCUGCAGGAGAGGACCGAGCGUUCUGUGGAAGUGAAUUUGAGGAGAAAUAAGUCGUAAUAAUGGCGUACGAAAUGGUAUUGCCGGUAAUAGCAGGUGCCUCUGGGGUCUUCGCUGGCUGUGCCGUGUUGUACAGCAAAAUAAGGCCAAGAUUUCCAGUCCGUGUUAACUGCUGGUUUUGUAACAAAGAUACGAAAGUUGAAUUUAGGCAUAAAGAAGGCUGGAUGUGUCCUUCAUGUGAGCAAUACAAUGGAUUUACAGAGGAUGGUGAUUACAACCGUGACUUACCUGCUCAAUACUGCAGUAGCCUCAACUCCCCAGUGGGUUGUCAGAAGGCUAAGAAACCUCAAACUCAGCCAAGUCUUGCAUUAGGUAAUGGCUUUUGUCAAACAUGUAAUCUGAACCAGACGUUAAAAGUUCGAGCAUUAGCAGACUACACGCCAAUUAAUCCAGAUAACUAUGACCAGGAAAUAGAGGAUUAUAGAAAGAGAUUGGAGAGGGUAUAUGCUCUCUGCCGGCAGUGUGAAGCAACCUUGCAUCAGACUUUGGGCAAGCAGGAUUCAUGGUUAAAGCCAAAGUUAAUUUCCUGGAGACUGAUGUUAAGUUCUCAAAAUAAAGCCCAGAUAUAUGCAACUGUCAAGAACUCCGCAAGUCAAAUCCCAGCAUACCUCCUUAUUUUUCACUUAAUAGGUGUAUUUAUUUCUCUUGCUCUCUUUUUGUGUAACCUUCAUCACUUGCAACAAGACUCGGGUAAAAGAGUUGUGUCCCUCGAUUUUGGAAUGGAUCUGGAAGUGUACCUAAGCACUCUCUACAAGUUCGUAUCGCCGCUCAUCAUCAUUGGACUGACCUUAGUCCUUAUAGUCAUAUUCUGCUCAGGAAAAGAGUCCCUCUUGGUCUCAGAUGCUAUAGCAAGUUUCAUAUGGGUUGGCUUGUUAGCUCUCACCUCUUCAAAGCAACUUAUUUCAAAAAAGGAUUAUAAUCCUCUUCAGGUCCUGCUCUCUGGUGCAGCUGUCAUAUUCACCCUGUGGACAACAUUUGUCCCCAGAACAAGCAAUUCAACAAAAAUGCAGAGCAAGCCCCCCCUCAAUAAGAGUAUGAUGAGCAACACAUCUAGUGCUGGUUUAGAGGACUCCCAGUGCACUCUAAAUGCUAGUCUGACUGAUGACCUCAACAACAUAACUCCUCCCAGCACUUCUCGUCCAAAUGAUGUUACUUCUACGCCCAUUCCACAAAUGAACUUCCAGCCAAAAGAAUCUGUUGAUCUAGAUUCAACAAUGGGGAGCCUCAAAAUUAGUACCCCUGCAAAAAAUGAUUGCAAGAUCCAGCCAAACACUCCAUUCUCACCCAAAGCGCUGUUUUCCGAGAAGCCAGGAUACAAUCCAAGACUUAAUGACACCUACUGCAGCCAGCAAGCUCCUAUGAGUCCUUCACGACUUUCAACAAAAAAUAUCACACAGUCUUCAUGGGUUGCUGGGGGAUACUGGGGUCACCCAGUCAGUCCAACUCGUGAAUUUUCCCAGCAUAAAGCACCCAUUUUAGGAAUGAUGCAGCAUGGACAGACAAAUUUGUAUCCCUUGUCACGGUCCUCUAGUCAGAGUUCAGGGUUUGUGUCACACAGCAGUGGACUGCCAUCUUUUAAUUCUCAGAUGCCAUGUAGCCUACCUAAUUCUCUUCAUGGUUCAUUGUGUGGAGAUGCAGACCAUGUGUCAGUUUUGUCAGAGCCUGCAUAUAAGCCAUGGGGCUACCCAGGAUCUAUGUAUGCCUCAGAUACGGCAUCACAGUACAGCAUUGCACGACAAAGAGGUCAGGUAAAAAGUGAUGCACAGUCUCUCUAUAGUUGUGCAUCUGCUUUGUCAGAGAGGUCUCAUGGUAGAGGUCCUCCCUCACCCACUGCCAGUAAUACUUACCUAUUUCAGGAUGCUCUUGGAAACCUUAGUGAAAAUUCUAGUAAUAGUAGUUCUACUAGAAACACAACAAAAGUCCGUAAGGCAGAUACAACUGUCAUGGAUGUACAGAUAAGAAAUGGAAGUCGGCCAAAGCAACAAAUGCUUAAUUAUCGUAACCCUUGGAUAGCAUUUUUCCUGGGUAUGAGUAUAGCUGCCAAUUGUUUCCUUGCUAUUCUCCUCUUUGGGCGAGCAGAUGUACAUUCUCUAAUUAGUACAUAGUGAUUAGUUUAUUAUGAUACUACAAAUUAAUUACUGCCAUAGAUAUUGCUAUUUAAAGGCAAUCUAUUCCUUUAGAUAUAGGUAAGUUUUGAAUGUUAAUGAUGUGCAGAGUAUUUCCACUAGGCUUUUUUUUCUGUUAUGGAAUAGAUUUUUAAAUGCAGAGUCGUCUGCAAAGACAGUAAAAAAUCGGACUAGUACAAAAAAAAACUCAGUCUUCAAGUGAUUAUAUGGAAAAAGGUGGGGAAAUACAUUUAAUUGUGGCCAUAUACCCUAUGUUCUGAAUCAUUCCACUGCCUGUGCUCUACUUUUAUAAUGAAUUAAUUAAAUAACAUUUGAUGUUAGAAUCAGUUAAAUUAUAUUACUGGGACCAAAGAUAUGUGUGUAUAAUAUUGCUAAAUAGUUUUCCCUGUAGUCUUCUAUUAUGACUGGUGUGUAUAAGUUAGUCUGCUUUUUUCAUGUUUAGAAAUUUAUUUCAGAAAUCAGUUGGUCACACAAAGUCAGUCAAGUCAGGUUGUUUAUCAAAUAUUCAGACACUGUGAAGCUUGAUUUGUGGCUUGCUUUUCACCUGUUACCUGUACCCAGGUUUACCAGGGAUGUAUUUAAAUGUGAUAGAAAAUGUCAAGUUACAUAUGUUAUUAGAAGCUUUAACCUCGCAUAUGUUUUACAAUGCUCAUUUGGUUUAUGCAUAUAGAGAAGCUCAGUUGUCUAUUCCACAAAUAUGAUUUUGUCAUUUAAAUGGUUGAUUCAGUGUUUGAUAUUAAGAUCAUUGUGAUGUUUUGUAUACCUGAAGCAUUUUCAGAUGUUUUUGUAGCCAAUAUGAAUUAUUGUUAAAUUUUUAAUAUUUGCUUAAAUAAUGAUAUGCCAUUAUCUGCUUGGAAUUUGAUGGUAAUUAAUGAGGGCAAAGCUUUUAUAUUAUACAGAUAAUUCUUUGCCAAGACAAAUAUUUCACCCUUUUUGAAAACUGAUGGCUCCAAGCAGUGAGUUGUGUAUGUUUGAUAAUAAAAGAAUUUUAAUUGA